AUGGGCGAUGUUGAAAAAGACAAGAAGACUUUUGUUCAGAAAUGUGCCCAGUGCCACACUGUGGAAAGGGGAGGCAAGCAUGAGAUUGGACCAAAGCUCCAUGGUCUGUUCAUGUGGAAGACAGGCCAGGCCGCUGGAUUAUCCUACACAGAUGCCAACAAGAACAAAGGCAUCACCUUGAGAGAGGAUACCCUGAUGGAAUAUUUGGAGAAUCUCAGAAAGUACAUUCCUGCAACAAAAAUGAUCUUCACUGGAAUUAAGAAGGGAGAAAGGGCAAACCUAAUAGCUUAUCUUAAAAGGCUGCUAAUAAGUAAUUCCACUGCUGUAUUUAUUACAAAACAAAUGUCUCAUGGCUUUUAG